AUGGCAACUCAGCCAACCUCAGAGGUCAACCGGCCACAUUUCACUAACUCGUGGAACAACCCCUCCCCCCAAACCCCUCCAGAACCGGAACCCAUCCCUGAUGGCCGAAUCGCGCAUACCUUGACCGCUUGCACCAGAUGCAGACAGCGCAAGUCUAGGUGCGAUCCCGGUAUUCCAAAAUGCACCCCCUGUGAACGCAGCAAUGCCAAGUGUGUAUACUUUGAUUCGGCCCGAAAGUGCACUAUACCCCGGUCAUACAUUGUUUCCUUGCGCGAGAAAGCCCGCCGACUGGAGAAAGAGCUCGAAGAUGUCGAGAAAGAUUUCCAACACGCUGCAGACGCGGAACUCAUGGUCCGUGGUCCGGGUCGCAUACGAUUUAAGGAAAACGACGAGGCGAGGUUCCUGGGCGCAUCCAGUGGCAUCGCAAUUACCCGCCUAGUGAUGGAGAUGGCCAAGCAAAAUACAGACUCAAAGAGCAUCAAAGACGUCGUGCCCGAGCUCACGGCUCAAGAAAUCAAGCAAGCAUUUGAACUGGAAAGCUCCAAACCAACAUCGAAGGUUUAUCCGAUAUUCAGCCCCAAUCUUCAGCAUGAACUGCCACCCAAGCCUACCACUGCGAAGCUCGUGGAUAUCUUUAUGGUUAAGGUGCAGGCAAUGCUCCCGACAUUGCAUGAGCCGACUUUCCGCCAAGAAGUUGAGAACGUUUUCAAUGGCUCUGAGGACCCAUCUGAAAACUUCCAGCUACGCAUGGUGAUCGCCAUCAGUAUGCAAAAAAUGGACCCGUACUACGCAGUAUUGGCCGACGGACAUUACCUUGCGGCGUUAACAUAUUUGGAGCCGACUCUUCGGCGAAUGGAUUUGAAAUCUUUGCAGUGCCUAGUCCUCAUCGGGCAGUACUCUAUGUUGACACCUACGAGGACCGCUGCGUACUGGGUGGUUGGAAUGGCCAGCAAGUUGUGUCAAGAUCUCGGCCUUACCGAAGAAAGGACCAUUACAAAAGGUCCUAAUGGAGAGGACUUGGAUCCCUUGGAGGUCGAUAUGCGGAGGCGACUCUUUUGGAUUGUUACCUCGAUGGAGCUAGGCCUGUCCCAUAGCCUUGGGCGGCCUAGCUGUUAUUCUGUCUCUCAUGACCAUGUCCGCGUCAAAUUCUUCGAGCUGGUGGACGACAAGUACAUUACCCCGAACGGGAUCAUCCCUGGAGGGAAACCGAUCCUACGAAAGUGCCUCGCAGUCCACUUUUUUGAAAAUGCGACUACUACAGCUUGA